GCGUCCCGCCGCCGCCGCCGCCGCCGCCGCCGCGGAGGAGCCGGGCCGUGGUGGGAUCCCCGGGGCUGCCAGUUUGCUGGUGAGAAGAGGGCGCCAGUGAUGCCCGGCUCGCCGGUGGAAGUGAAGAUACAGCCCAGGUCGUCCCCACCCAGCAUGCCGCCACUGCCCCCCGUGAACCCCGGCGGCCCACGGCCCAUGUCCUUCACUCCAACAGCACUGCCCAACGGGAUUAACCAUUCUCCCCCGACGCUGAACGGGGCUCCGUCUCCACCUCAGCGGUUUAGCAAUGGUCCUGCCUCGUCCUCCUCCUCCUCGCUCACCAACCAGCAGCUCCCAGCCACUUGCGGUGCCCGGCAGCUCAGCAAGCUGAAACGCUUCCUCACAACCCUGCAGCAGUUCGGCAAUGACAUCUCUCCGGAGAUCGGGGAGAAGGUCCGGAGCCUCGUGCUGGCGUUAGUGAACUCAACAGUGACAAUUGAGGAAUUUCACUGCAAGCUGCAAGAGGCCACAAACUUCCCCCUCCGGCCAUUUGUGAUCCCCUUUCUGAAGGCCAACCUCCCUCUGCUCCAGAGAGAGCUGCUGCACUGCGCCCGGGCUGCCAAGCAGACGCCGUCCCAGUACCUGGCACAGCACGAGCACAUCCUGCUCAACACAAACACCACGUCGCCGGCUGACUCCUCGGAACUGCUCAUUGAGGUGAACGGAAAUGGGAAGAGGCACAGUCCAGACAGAAGAGAAGAAAACAACUUUGAGAGAGAGUCUCUCCCGACAGAGCCUCCAGCCAAGAGAGUAUGCACCAUCAGCCCGGCUCCCCGGCACAGUCCUGCCCUGACCAUGCCCCUCAUGAACCCAGCGGGGCAGUUCCACCCCACUCCACCGCCCCUCCAACACUACACCUUGGAAGAUAUCGCAACUUCCCAUCUGUACCGAGACCCCAGCAAGAUGUUGGAACACAGGGACAUUCGUGACCGGCAUAACAGUCUUGGUUUGAAUGGAGGCUACCAGGACGAGCUGGUGGACCACCGCUUGACGGAGAGAGAGUGGGCUGAUGAGUGGAAGCAUCUCGAUCAUGCACUGAACUGCAUCAUGGAGAUGGUGGAGAAAACGAGGCGCUCCAUGGCUGUCCUGCGGCGCUGUCAGGAGGCCGACCGGGAGGAGCUCAACUACUGGAAGAGGCGAUGCAGCGAGACCGCGGAGACGAGGAAAGCAGGGAGUGAGCUCAUCUCUAGGCAGCACAGCCCCAGCAGCUCCGACUCCAUCAGCAGCGAGCUGCUGGAACUGCGGUCGCAAGGCCAGCGAGACGUGCAGUGGCUGCAACAUCGCCCGCUAUUGCGGCUCUUUCUGCCAGCACAAGGACUGGGAGAGGCACCACCGAAUCUGCGGCCAAGGCCUGCACAGCCAGACCAAGCCGCUGGCCCUGCCCGCUGGGCGAUCGGCAGCCGCCAAGGCCAUCGACGGGGUACCGAGCCCAGCCCUCGAGAAGACUUCGGCAACAACCUCUCGAUCCUCUACCCCAGCAUCUGUGACAGCAAUAGACACAAACGGACUCUAAACUUUUGUUUCACGUUGAUUUUUCUGUUUUUUAAGCCAAGAAAUCCCCUCCCCCCCAGGAACUCAUAUCGCUUGACACGUUUGACAAAUUUACGCCUCCUCCUCUAGAGCACCGACACUUGGGCUUUUCCACCUCAUUCUGUCUUGUUUCUGUCGUUCAUCGAGACCUUGUGCCAGCCUCAGAGUGGUCUCGCUGAAGGGUCGUACCAGAGAGCAGCACGGGACGCUGAGGGUGCUGGGCUCUCCCUCCGUGGACAUGGGCUUCACGGCAGGCACCCUGGGCCUGCAGGAGAUGCCAAGCAAGCAAUGCCUGGAUAGGGGACCUUGUACUCGAGGGUGAAAUGUGUUCCCGCUCCUCUCUCCAGGGCUCUCUGAACAGCCUCCUCGUUCAGCUACCUUUCUUCUGUGAUGUGCAUCUCUCUUUCUUCCUCCCAGCCAGCAGUUCCUCAGACGUCUGCACUGACUGGUGCUACGAACAGACUGGCGCUGAUUUCCCAGCGAGAGCAUCUCGGUCUCUAGUGCAAAUUUGUCUCUAGACAAAUAUGUAGCUGCUCGGGGACAGCUGAGCCUGCUUCUCUGCUCCUGCCUGCGCCUGGUUAUUGGCUGACAGAAUGCAGAGGCUGAGGAGAGAAAUUGUCUGCUGAGGACAGAUUGAAACCAAAUGUUGGUACCAGGGAAGUAUGAAUGGUCACUUUGAGAUGACCUGUUUUUAAUCCCUUCGUCUAACUGGACAGACAGUUGCUUAUUUUUCUGGGUAGGACCUUUGCUCUCGUUGCUGAAUGAAAAUGUGCAGACCAAAUCUGGAUUCUUUGUGGGCGGUUAUUGCCCUUUCCACCUCGGUACCAUUAUUUUGCUAUGCAGAAAGCAUUUUUCCGCUGCAUGGAAGUUGUUGGUUUGAGAGUUACUGACGUUGUUUUUAACCACAAAGAUCUUCGCCCUGCUGCAAUCCGUUAUUUAUAGUCUAUUUUCUCCCAGCGUGUUGGCCAAACUAUUAAAAAAUUCAGAACUUUGUAUCCUAGGUCAGUUCUUGAGCCCCCAACCCUCGUGGGGUUACCGGAGGGCUGCUCUGAAAGGCAGCGUGCUCGUCUCAGCUUCGUUGUCCCCACGUGUGUUAGGCAGAGAAGCGCAGCCCUCUGCAAACAUCCUGCACGUGCUGCGAAGCAGCUGCCGCCGCCUCGUCUGGCGUUUAAAACCCAGCCCCAAAAAGGCGGUCCGGAAGGUGCGGUUUAGCUGUUACUGCAGUCAGCCUGAGGAGACCAAGCUCUCCGAUAGUCUCCGCUUUGGCAUUAAAGGAAUGUUUUUCAUGUAGUCCAAAACACACAGUCGACACCGACCUGUGGAAGAGCUAUCCCAGCGCUUGGGGAGCACGGCGGGGCUCAUUGCGAGCGCUUCGUUUUAAAAAUCCCUUGAGGGGUUGUUAGAGGCACGGCUAUCGGGAGCAAUCGGAGCGUGUCAUCUUGGGAUUCAUACUGAUUUCUCAUGCUGUGCACAAACGGGAGCUAGCACACCAUCUAUUCAGCAAAGCUGCGUUUCCGUGACUGUUUUUUUGUGAUUGCUGGGUUGGAGCCCAAUGAGCCAAGUAAUUCCCAAAUUAUUUUUGAUCACUUUUUCAAUGGGAGGCAAAUAAUGAAGAUGUAAUGAAUAGUCAUUGAGUUUGCCGUGGUGUAGCUGUCUGCUGGCUGUCAUUGGCAUGCCCGGGGCUAAACAAGUUACCCACUGAACCUGCUUUGUUCCUUAGGGAAAGUUGUUUUGGAAGCUGCAGCUAUGGAAUAAAGUGGGCAAUUCCCAUGCCUGCGAGGGAGUUUUUUCUUUUUUUUUUUAACUAAAACAAAGGCCACAAAGUUUCCUGGUUUUCAAGACAGCUCUGAAGUGGCAAGUAUGAUCGUCUCCCUGCUGCCCCGCGAAGGGGCAUCGCUGGGGCUCCCCGUGUCUGGCAGCGAUGCUGCACGGGGGCAGCGUCGGGCACGAAGACCUGUUGCAGCCCCGAGGGCGCUCUCACCCCGGGCAUGCGUUAGCUCGCUGCGGUUAAGGCAACCGGUGCGUCACAAAAACCCUGAACCUGGAAAAGCUGCGGCGCCCGAGUCGCCCCGACCUGCAGCCAGAAGCCUGCAGGAGAGGUCGCUCUGCCAGGGACGUUUCCCCGAGGACAGCCCCGAACUGCCGCAGCCCCUGCGCUGUGGCACACUUGCUCUGAAGCCGACGAAAAAGUCCUGGAAAUGGGCUUUUUCCCAUACCUCGGCUGCGAAACUUAGAAACCGUCGCGGUCCCACUCGCAGCGUUCACGAGGGUCCAGUGUCAGGGAGGGGAUGCAGAGAGGGGCAGCAAGCGCCCUGGUCCUCGGCGGCGCUCCUCGCCCUGGAGCUACCAGCUUGGAGGGCCACCUGCCAUUGUGGGACACGUCCAGAUUCAGAGUGGCCCCAGGUAAAUAACGUCUGGUUACAGUGUCCCACAAAUCAACUACGGCCCGGCCGUAGAGCGGAGGGUGAUCUGUGGCCAACUGCCGUCCCAUCGAAGGCAAAAACAACAAGCAGCGCUGAAAGAAAUUGCUUGUAAAUAGGUUGUCUUCCAUAAUUUUCAUGCAACUUGUGUAUUAAAAUUAACCCCAAUGUAAAUGAAUGAAAUGCUACCGGUCAUGUUUAGAAUGAUGGCUUUUUUUUUCUUCUCUCUCCUUUUUCAACAUGGAAUGAUAAAUGUGAAAUUUUGAUAUGGGAAGACGUGUUGGAUUGAGUUUGAGUUUUCUAUUUUUUUUUUUUUUUUGGCAUUUAAUUCUGUAAUAGAAAUUUGUUACUUCAUUCCUGUGCAUAACUUAUUUAAUGUACUGUAUAAAGGAACCCAAACUGUUACAGAUGUAUUUAGUUUGUUCUACUCGAAAGUAGUCAAUAAAAAGACUAUAU